CUGCUGGAGCGGGGAGGAGGGAGGAAGAGGAGGAGGAGGAAGAGGAGGAGAUGCUAGACGCUCGCGAGAAGACAGCUGCUGAUGCUGUCGGGAUUCACAUUCGCUCGGACUGGGAUGGACGAGAUGGAGACCUUCAUCCAUCUUUACGUCGAUCUGCUGGAUCUCGGGAGUCAAGCCAAGAUGUGACUGUCACGCCACGUCAUAGUUUGGAUCAGUUCGGCCUUGUUUCCAUAGCAACAGAGAUAUCAGCGUAUCCUAAGAAGUCCCACCAUGCAGUCCUCCAGCUGCUCCUCUCAGCCUCCCAAGCCACGACGCUUCGACGUCAGCAGGCGGACCAACGCCUCGGCGGGGCCAAAGUCAAACGCUUUCCAGAGGGAGGAUAAAAACAUGAACACCAUCGCUGCGCCCUCCCCUCGGCGGGCGACUAAGACCCCGGCGGCUCUGUCCAGAACCAGGGUGCCGCCUCGAGCCCCGGUGAGCCAAUCCAGGCUGAGCUCACAGAAACAGGCGUCCUCCACCGUCUCCAAAUCGACCAAACCCAAACCGAAGAACGCCCGUGCGUCAGCAGCAAACCAGAUCGCGCCCGCCAACGUUGCCAACGCCGCCGCCGCUUCUCCGCCUCCUGCGCUUCCCUCCGUCCUCCCCCUCGACCCGAACUGCAACGAGCCGAGCCUGCCGUGCCUGUGCUGCGAUGGACGCUCCCCGCAGGACAACAACAGCAUGUUCAACCACAACCACAACAACAACAACACCAUCUCCCUUCGGCAGCAGAUGCAGCUCCCGCCUCCUCCGCCCUCCAUGCCCCUGAGGAAGGAUGGGACCGGAUCCAAGGAGCCUCCGUCGCCGGCUCAGGCCCAGCUGGAGCCCCCUGCCCGGCCUGCUGCCAAUCUGGAAGAGAAGAGGGAGCUGGACAACAAGAAGAAGCUGGAGGUGGAAGACGACGAUGACGAAAGCAGCGGAGAUAUUGAUAUUGAUGAUAAUGAUGAUGACGACGAUGAUGACGACACUCUGGUACCUUCAUGUUGCGACUGCCCCCCAUCCCUCCUGGAGUUCUCGCUGUCCUCCUCGACCUCCUCGUCCUCCACCUCCAUCAGCUCCUGCUCUGAUCUGGAGUCCGACUGUGCAGAUCAAUCUGCCUCCAUCUGCGACAAUCUUUCCCCCAAAGACCACCCCGAGCUGCAGCCUCCUGCUCGCUCACCUCCAUCACUUCCUCUCAACCGAAACCCUUUCGUCUUGACGUCGCAUUCCCCAGUUGCCCCCUGUUCCCCGGACGAAGGCUACCCGUGUGCUCUGGACUCCCCUUCUCCUGACUACUUGGGAGUCAAAGGUGACUCUGAGGUCGCCAAACUGGGCCUGCUCGACUUCCUGGAGUCGGUGGGGGAGUUUGGGAAAAUGGAGCGCUUCAGCCAGGUGAUCCAGGUGGCUCGCUGGGACCUGGAGGGGGAGCAGCACUGGGACGUCCUGCGGGAUCGCUUGGAUCACCUGGAUCGCUUGGAGAAGGUGAACCGGGAGGUGAAGCUGGCCUACGUCGCCAGACUCCACGAGAAGGGGUUUGACCUCGGAGAUCUGGAGGAGCAGGACCUCUCGGACGUCAUGGACGAGAUGGGGAACAUCGACAUUCCCUGGAAGUUAUAUAAAAACCGCGGCGGGUCAAUGGGAGACUCUCAGGAGUUUUCGGACGCCGGCGUCGACCUCACGGCUCCGUCGGACUGCGAGGAUCCUCUUGCUCCAGACUCCCUCACGCCUUCCCCCGUCGAGCCACCGCCGAGGCCCCCGAAGCCUCCGGCACGUCAUGCCAGCGUGAACUCGGACCUCCACACCUACAUCAACAUCAGUAGGGAGACCACCUCCAUGGCCGUCUCCACCUCCCCCACGCUGACCACCUUCUCCCCCAACUCCUCCUCACCAACAUUCACCACCUUCAGAUGCGAGAAAUCCCCGCCUCCGACUCCCCCAUCCAUCCCUCCCCUCCCCGCCUCUAAACCGGUCCCUUACCUCACCCUCUACACCACCCCAUCUCCCCUGCCGGCCAUCCCCACCCCGACUCCUCCCAUCCCUCCCCCUCGGAGGCGCCACCUCGCCCGGAAGGAAGCCCAACGCCUCGCCGCCCUUCAGGCCGAACAGGAAAAGACGCCGCUGUCCCUGCCGCCUCCCACCACCCGACCUCCGCCUCUUCCUCCCCCGCCCGUCAUCUCCAUCUCCUCCUCCUCACCCCCUGCCAUACCGCCUCCCCCAGCCCUGCCUCCCCCUCCGUCCUUCCACGCUCUGGACGUAGAGAUACGGAAGCUGCUCAUGUUGGCCGGAUUGACCCAAGCGGAGCUCCUCAAGCUCAGCCCGGAGUUGGGCGUCUGCGUCGGGGGACUGGAGGACAACGGAGAUAACUUCCCUCGAUCCGUAGAGUCGCAAAGCUUCAGACUGCGAGAAAGUGGGGAGGAGGGUGACACAGGUAGGUCGCAGAAGUUUGAUGGGAAAGCGGAUGUAGGGGACAACGACAAAAAGAAAGACGAGAGCAAAGACACCCAAAGAACCACCUCCUUCACGGAGAUGGCGAGAAGAAGGAAGAGGAACACUGCUGUGCCGUCCGACCACUACUACACCACCAGUUUCACACAUGAAACUAAAGCAAAGAGCUACGAGACUUUCCAUUACCCCACCGAGGUACCAGAUUCGCCUCCGCCUCCUCCACCUCCUCGCCCUUUACCCCCGAUUCCGCCAUCUUUACCGUCCCUUAAAGUCAGCACUCUACCCGCCAACUCCGAGCAACCGGAGCGCUUCGACUGGCUCAUCGCCUUCACACCCGAGUGCGAAGCCCCGCCACAGCUUCCGUUGCUAGAAAAGAGAAGAUCCCACGCGGAGACCCAGCAGAAGAAGCCCAGCCCUCCAGCUCCGAAGGUCACGACGUUCAAGGAGCUGCGAUUCCGCAACAAGAGCGCCUCCCCUCCGACGAAGGUGAUCACCGAGCCCGACCCCGACCCCACGGUCAUCACCCCGGACCCGGACAUCCUCUACAACCUGAAAUGGAGGCGGGAGACGAUCGGCAGCGACGGCAUCCAGUGGGAGUACACCUCCCAGGCCCAGGCCCUGUUCAUGCAGCCGCCGCCGGCCCUCACCUCCAUGGCCGCCCUGAAGGAGAUGCUCCAGAGGGCCGACGAGGAGGGAGGCCGGCCGGAGCUGUGCCCGUCGCAGAAGAUGGGCUGCUCGGUCAGCGACAGCAGCCUGUGGACGAUGGGCCGAGAGUGGGAGGAGAAGGAGGAAGAGGAGGAGAAGGAGGAGGUGAAGGUGAGAGGACGAGCCGAUGGAGGGCGGACGUUUGAGUCGAGAACCACAGUUUCCUCCCCCCCACUCUCCCUCGCCCAGCCCUCCUCCUCCCAGCCCUCCCAGUCCUCCCAGCCCUACUUCCUGCACCGCCUGCCUCCCUUCCGCCCCGGCUUCUGCCCCUCCCAGCCUCCUGCAGAUCCUCGACCCUGCAGCCACGCCGGCCGAGAGUCCACCGCCGGGCCUCAGCGGGCUCCUCCAGACUCUUUGUUUAGCUCUCCCCUCCACUUUGAGGAUGACUUUAGCCCAGACGCUCCACCGAUGAGCGACUCGGUGUGUAACUUUGACUCCCUGUAUGAGUCGGAGAGGCCGAGCUGUGAGGCGUCAGGCUGCACGACGCCGUACAAGAACGUCGACGUCACGACGGCGUUCUCUGGCGGUGUCGCUGCUGCCGCUCCAGACUCGGAGCAGGUUAAGGCGAGGGCGUCCAAAGAGCUUCCUCCCCUGCCCUCCUACUUCCUGUACCACCCCAAGAACUGCCCCCUGCACCGGGGCGCUCCCCCCCGCCUCUCCCCCAUCGGCGCCCUCUCCCCUCCCCGUCGCUCCGGAGCCCCGCCUCCGGGCGCCGCCGCCGCCGCUUCCUGCCUCAGCUCCCCACUGUUCCCCCGCUCCCACACCCUCCCCGCCCUCGCCGCCCCGCUCUAUUACCCCAACCUUUACCCCCCCGUGCCCCCCAGAGCGCCUCCCCUGCCCCCCAAACUGCACCAGGCUCCUCCUCCUCCGCCGUCACGCCUGGCGACUGUUCGCAGCGUUUCCUUCGCCGGCUCCAUCCAGAAGACCGACGCUCCGUGGAUGGGCGAGCAUCCGGUGAGAGGUCUGGGCCUGUCCUCGCUGUGCCUGCAGGAGAAGAAAGCUCUGGUCAGCGCCGUCAGCGUGGCAGUGGAAGCUGUCUUGGCUCAGUUCAGCUCGUCUCGGACCGUGGUUCAGAAGGCUUUAUCAGGAGACAGCACCAUAAAUCCAUCUCUGGGCCGUCUGGUGCUGCAGUGCCUCUGCCCCGCCCUCCACAGCCUGCUGACCGACGGCCUCAAGCCCCACCAGAGUGACCUGAUUGCAGGCAGGAGGCCCAACUCUGCCUGGGGUCUGGUCCAGGCCUCCACCCGGCCAGGUCCUAGAACUCAAGCCUUGUUCAACCUCCAAGUCCGUGUUGGCGAGCUGCCGCAGCUCAGACAGAGCAAACACCGGUUCAACGCCUUCCUCCUCGGCCUGCUGAACACCAAACUUCUUGACUCCUGGUUGUCUCACCUUCAAUCAUGCAGCGAUGUUCUGGAGACGUUCUACCGCCCGUCCUCCUUCAUGCGUCUGUCGCUGAUGUCCUGCCAGCCGUUGUUUGAGGAGCUUCUGCUGGUGCUGCAGCCUCUCAGUCUGCUCACCUUCAACCUGGAUCUCCUGUUCCAGCACCACCGCCUGGAGCCCGACGGCCUCCGGCCCGACAUCCCCAGCCCUCCUCGCCAGGACGCCGGACUCCAUGGGGCGGUGAAGACCUGCCCGUCUAAAACCGCAGGCGGUAGAUACAUGGAAAGCCUCUCAGACGUGAACUUUGGGAGUCCAGAACAUCAGGCAGCUAAAGACGUGAAGUCGUCGCCGUCGGCCGAUUCGGGAUCGACGGACGCUGUGAAAGCUUCUGUUCCUCUGGCCCAGACCAGUCCUCAGCUGCUGUGGGUUCAGGAGAAGGAGAUCGGAGAUUUACUUCCACCAAACAUCGAGGAGGACAGCUUCGCUCAGCAGGCAGGACAGGUGAUCCAGCAGGGUUGGGGGGCCGUGAUGCGCUGGGGAGGCCGACUGAGCCAGAACCUGGCCGAGCUGAGCCAGAAGAAGGACGACUUGAAGGCCGAUCUGCCGGACCUCCAGGCCCAGACGGGCAGCGACUACACGGCGGUCAGCGGCGGCCCUCAGGUGCCCUGGGGUCUGGGUCGGCUGUUUGGAGCCUCCAAGAGCCCCAACAGCCCGACGGGUCCGACUCCACCAACCAGACGUCCCUCCCAGUGGUUGGCUCCUGGAGUCACCGCUUUGACCCGGAUGGUGAGCAGCAGCUCCAGCCCGAUGCUCAGAAGAACCCCGGAGCAGCCGGAAGAAAUCCAACCGGAACCGGAGAAAGACGUGGACGCCCUGGAGAUGAAGGACAAACCCCGACCACUCAGGUCCGUACGAACGCUGUGCGACCACGCCGGAACCGGCUCCGAGCUCAGCUUCCUGAAGGGGGAGGAGCUUGUGGUGCUGGGGGGUGUGGACCAGGACUGGAUUCGCUGUCGUCAGGGAGCCAGGGAGGGGCUGGUACCGAUCGGCUACACCUCCCUCAUCAUGUGACUCCGACAGCUGCUGCACUACUAAACCAAUACAAAAAACAAAAAAACAAACAAACCAAUAUCUAUAUUUUAGGCGAGCGCUGAGAGGUUGCGGCGCGGCUGCACUACUGUGAGGGAUAUUUCACGCCAGGCGCCAUCUGUUCCACUUUCCAUGACUCCUCCCCGACACCAUCAGCUUGGUAGCAUUCGGCUAACGGAUUCUAGCGGCAGGAAUCCAGCCGAGGGUGUGAAACAAUCGCGAGUUUUAGAGCAUUUCGCACCUUUGACAUUUGAGUGAAGUAUCCCUUUUCAGACGUCUUUUUUCUCUUCCUGCUGCGAGGAGGCGACGCUCGACGGCCUAGCGUUAGCCACGUUAGCGCCUCCAGCCGCGGAGUCGUGGGUUUCGCGGGUUUAUCGAGCGGAGAAAAGAUGCGUCAGAGUACUGAGCCGAAGCUCCCGUUGCAUACUGCGUAGUAAUGUAGUGAAUUGUAGCCGUGUAGAUCCGUGUUCUCUUGACCCCUAAUGACCUCUCAUCCCUCUCGCCUUGUUCAUGCGUGUUUCUGCUACUAUAUUUGACUGUAUAAAUAUACAUAAAAAAAUCUAUCUAUAUAUAUAUAUAUAUAUAUAUAUAUAGGUAUAUAAAUUGAGAUUAUUACCAAGAUAGAUAGAAAGAUAGGCGAUCAGGAGAGCAGAUAGUGAAACACAAGCAUCGGUGCGACUGAUUAAACAUCCACUCAUCUCAUGUUUAAGUGCUGUUUAUUUUCAAAUCCGGUAUCUUCCCUCGUGUGUGUGUGUGCGCUUUCGCCAUUGUCUUGCUGUCGUAUUCAUAUUAGAUUUAGCUCAUAUCUUAAAAGUGUAAGCGUGCCAUGAAUGCUUUGAGCGAAUGCCAGAAGACAUAUUUAUCCCGCACAGGUAAAGAAGAUAUCAGACAACAGCGAUCUGUAGCUAAACCUUACAGAGGCUCCGUGGGUCGGAGUCAAAACCUCACAAAAACACCUUCCAUAUCAUCACCAAUCCCACCUGCGUGCUUCACUGUCGGGACUGUGCGUUCACUGUGGUAGUCCUGGACCACAUCCGAGGUCGGAGUGGAAAAAAAACCUCACAGAACUGCGCUCAGCUCUCGUUUGACGCUAUCUGGACUCGAUACAGCAGUAAAAUCCCGGGUGUUGAUGUGUGAUUCGUAGACGCUACGGUAAAGUCUGUGGGUUUCGGUGGCUGGUCUUCACCUUGUACCUCAGCUUUUUGUAUUUAUCUCCCCGUCAUAAUCAUUGAUAUUAAUGAUAGUGGUUAUCGGUGGAUGUUGCUCAUAUGAAAUACGUUGCUUUGUGUCAUAUUUAUCAGUUAUUCUCUAGAUUCUGUAUUGAUGACUAUGCAUAUGGUUCAGUGUGUUUUUGUUCGUUUUUAUUUGGUGUUAGCAUGCAAAGUGGACAUCCAGACCAUAAGACAAUAGCUUAAAAGAAUAUAUAUGUGUAAACUACCGUUCAAAAGUUUGAGGUCACUUAGAAAUGUCCUUAUUUUUGAAAAAAAAUUACCAAAAGUACUCAAAAUGACAAAAAUGACCUAAAAUUGCCCCAAAUUAGUUAAAAUCUGCCCAAAAAGGACUCCAAACUGCCCAAAUUAAAUAUAAAAUCCACGAAAAAUGAGUUAAAGCUGUUUAAAAGGCUUUGAAACUUGUCCAAGGUAGCUUAAAAUUGUCAGAAAGGACUCAAGAUGACUUGAAACUGUCUAAAAUGCUUUGAAACCUGUCUGAAAUCACUCAAAAUUGUGCUAAAUGACUCGAAACCUGUCCAAAAUGUGGUGUGAAAUGAUGGGAAAUGGUGUAAAUCAGGGCAGUUUGAGGAGUGGUGUGGAGGCCUGGAGCUCCUUGUACCUCCGGGGCGAUGUAGUUGGUUCAGGAGGUGUUGCCCUCAAACAUGCCCUCCUUGAUAUCCCAAAGUCAGCUAUCUUUAAAGUCUGCCAGAAUGACUUAAAACUGUGAAAUUCUUCCCAAAUUGUCCAAAAUUAGUCUAUAAUGAAUUAUAAACUGUCCAGAAGGACUCCAAACUGCCCCAAAACCCCCUGAAAUGUGUCCAAAAUAUGUUCAAAACUGUCUAAAAUGCUUUGAAUCCUGUCUGAAAUCACUCAAAAUUGCACAAAAUGACUGGAAACCUGUCCAAAAUGUCUUGACUCAUUUUCAAUGUAGAUCAAAUUAAAUGAAUCAGAAAUACAGUCUAGACAUUGUCAGACCUAGACUUCAUUGUCCCCAAGGUGAAAUUCUUUUCCACAGCACCAUCCUGCUUGAUUUACAUUGACAGGACAGUCCAAAAAAAAAAAAACCCAAAAACCACACAUUUUACAAAAACACUGUUCAACAGAGGUGUAGUUUUCACUCUGGCCACAUCACCUGGGCCUUUUGUUAAGAGUUGCUAAAACAGAUGGAAUCAGGGUUUUGCCUAGUCGUGCAUCUCAGUGUUCUGUAUCUACGUCCUGUAGUCUAGACAUUGCUAAUGUGGUAAAUGACUAUUCCAGCUGGAAACGGCUGAUUUUUAAUGGAAUAUCAACCAUCACUCCUGUGUUCUAAUGCUACAUUGUGUUAGCUAAUGGUGUUGAAAGGCUAUUGGAUGGUUAGAAAACCCCUCUAAAUGUGUGAAAUUGCCUGGGCGACCCCAGACUUUUGGACGGUAGCGUAACUAAAAGAGCCUGGCGAGGAAAGGCUGACACUGAAGGACCUCUACUGAAUCCAGCAGGAACAUUUCAACGCUCUAAAUAAAUCAGGGAACGCUCGGCUCUUCGAAGUUUCCUCAUGUUAUCGUGUCAUGUAGCAUGAGAUUACCGGCGCUGCGCUCCAGUAGCGUCGAGUCAAAGCUGAUGAUAAAACGCCAUCAAAUGGGUCACAUGUAUAGGUGUUUAAAUUGAGAUGAAAUAUCAGUGGACACGUUUAACUGUUCUGUUUUUGAGCUUGUUUUGAAAGCCGUUUAUUUAUCGGAUGUGCUAUUUAUUGAUCUGGAGGUUUCUGAAAGGGGAACAUCCGGCCCAUCUAGUGUCUCUCUAUCUAUCUGGGUUUCUUCAUGUGUGAGAGUGUGCACAUGGCGGUGUACGUGGCGGUGAAAGCAGCGAUGAGCGAGAGCACUUCGAUGCGUCUGCACAUCCUGCACUUUCACUCCUAAGUGUAACUAUGACUUCUGUACCUUCCUCUUCCUCUCUGGUGUCAUGUAGCCCGUAGACCUCCCGGUGUCCUACUGUUGCAUAUAGUCGAGUGGCCCUGCUAGUGUCAGUCACUGUCCACCUCCUGCAUGUGCUUGUUUGUAAAUACACCAAAUAAAAGGAUCUGUAUAAACCAAA